AUGAGCUUCAGCUUGAAGAGGAAGAAGAAUACUGGUCUUCUUUUCCUCGUUUUGUUCCUCAUCCUGUGGGGCGACUUGGCAGGAGCUUCAGUUUCUUCCCCAAUAAAGGGUGCUGGUUUACCGUGCAAUGGUACCUUUUCCGAGUGCUUCUUGGACGGCAGCAUGGAAUCUGAAGGUGAGGAGUUUCUCAGGCCCUAUGCUGCACCUGGGAGAUGGCUGCAAUCCCAGCAACAAAAUACAAUUGGGUACAACUCUCUUCAGAGGAAGCCAGUUUGUAGUGCGGCUCAAUACAGCAAUUGCAUAGUCCAAGUUAAUUCUGUUAAUGGGCGCUGUAAUGACUACAAUCGAUGCAACCGUAAAAAUCCUAAUUGA